AGUUCACUGGGCCGUGGCAAUGCCAGAAAAGGUGGAAAUGGCUAAAAUAUUGGACAACUGGACGGAAGCAAGGCGCGGCGACAGCAGCGUCCCCAUCGAGGAAUCCACAUGGCGGUUCUGGAGAAAGCGAAGAUACGUGGUCGGCGUGCUGGCGUUCUUUGGCUUCUUCGUGUCGUACGUUCUUCGCGUGAAUUUGAGCGUGGCCAUCGUGAAGAUGACCGCUAAUCGCACUCUGACCGACGACAGCAGUGGCCAAGUCCGUCACACGAGCGGAGCCGAGUUCGAGUGGGACUCGAGGCUGCGGGGCCUCGUGCUGAGCUCCUUCUUCUACGGCUACAUGAGCACGCAACUCCUCGGCGGGUGGCUCGCAUCCCGCGUCGGCGGCAAACGAGUCUUCGGAUUCGGGAUCGCCGUGACGGCCCUGUUCAGCGUGGUCAGCCCGCCGAUAGCCAGAUGCAGCGUGUACCUGUUCGUGGCCGUGCGCAUCGUCGAGGGGAUCUGCGAAGGCGUGACGUACCCGUGCAUCCACGCGAUCUGGGCCAACUGGGCCCCGCCACUGGAGCGCUCCAAGCUGGCCACGCUGGCGUUCUCGGGCAGCUUCGUGGGCACGGUGUUCGCGAUGCCCGUCUGCGGGACGAUGGCCGAGAGGCUCGGCUGGCCGAGCGUGUUUUACGGAUCCGGGGCCGUCGGACUGCUCUGGUACGUGCUCUGGACGAUCCUCGUCAGGGACCACCCGGACGAUGAUCCGCGCAUCAGCCGUGCCGAGCUGGAAUACAUCAAGUACACGCUGGGAUCCAGCAAGAACGAGAGGGUGUCGCACCCGUGGACGGCGAUGCUCCUGUCGCCGGCGGUCUGGGCGAUCGUGGCGGCUCACUUCAGCGAGAACUGGGGCUUCUACACGAUGCUCACGCAGCUGCCGACGUUCGUGAGCGACGUGCUCGACUUCGAACUCGAGAAGGCUGGACUGCUGUCGGCGCUGCCCUACCUCGUCAUGGCGCUGGUUCUCCAGUUGUCCGGCCAGCUGGCGGACAACCUGCGCUCGCGCAACGUUUGCAGCACCACCCAAGUGCGCAAGAUCUUCAAUUGCGGGGCCUUCGUCUGCCAGACCAUUUUUAUGGCCUGUACUGCGUACACGCUCACGCCUGUCGCAGCAGUCACCUGCAUCACGAUAGCCGUCGGCCUCGGCGGCUUCGCUUGGUCCGGAUUCAGCGUUAAUUAUUUGGAUAUCGCCCCGAAGCACGCUAGCGUUAUAAUGGGCAUUGGCCAGACGGUCGCUACGCUUCCUGGCAUCCUGAGCCCGCUCAUUACUGGUUACAUCGUGCGGAAUAAAACGCCAGAAGAAUGGCAAAAGGUCUUUCUGAUAUCCAGCGCAGUUUACUUCAUUGGGGCGCUGAUAUUUGGGAUUUUCGCUUCUGGGGAAAAGCAACCAUGGGCAGUCUCCGGCAACGAAGUUGAUGGAAAUCAAGAAGCGCAGAUAAUCAGUCUGCACUGCAGAAAUGAACAAGACUAAACAAUAAUCAUGUAAAUAGCUUUAUUUCUAUUUAUACUAUUCAAAAUUGUCUAAAUUUUCUUUUUGUACCCCUCCUAUUUAUCAAGAAAAAUAACAUUUUCGUACAGCAAUCUUACACAUGUAAGUGCUGUCAGCGUAGAGUGG